AUGUAUAUAAGAUCUCUACUCAUAUUUGUGGUGACUAUCGCUAUUACUAUCAAUUUUGUAAAGUCUGAACAAUUAUGUAACGGGCACGCCGAGUUAUGCAACAAACCAUUUGAUGAGCUUACGUACAUUUUGACACAUAACUCUUAUGGGUAUAUUGCAAAUCCAGCAGCUAACCAACUUUGCCCAAUCUCGACACAACUCUCUGAUGGUGUCCGAGGUUUAAAAUUAUCAGCAGUGAGGGCGUCUAAUGCCAGUUCUGCAGCAGAAGGUAUACAGUUAUGUCACACAUCUUGUACGAUUCUCAACGCUGGUUCAGCAGUUGAUACACUCAAGGAAAUAACAAAUUGGGUGAAAAGCAAUCCAAAUGAAGUGAUAACCAUCAUGUGGAACAAUAUUGGAAACUUUACCCCGGAAGCUUUCAAAACAGCUUAUGAAGCUAGCGGGAUUUUGGAUUAUGUUCAUAUACAAGAGUACGCAAACUUCACUUGGCCAACCUUAGGCGAAAUGAUAAGUAGUGGCAAAAGGGUAGUCAAUUUCUUGGAUGAAGGAGCUGACGCUAAAGCGGUACCAUGGCUCAUGCCUGAAUGGGGUUAUGUUUUCGAAACACCUUAUAAUAAUUAUAAUGAAUCCUCUUUUAACUGCGUUAUUGACCGACCCUAUGAACCCUACAAUCCAGAGGAAGUAAUGUAUGUGAUGAAUCAUUUCUUAUACGGCACACUUACGCUCGGCUCAUUACUCAUUGAGAUACCCCAGAAAGGAACAGCAAAUGUUACAAACAGUGAUUCAUCACUAUUGCGACAAGCCCAGAUUUGUCAAAAGACUUUUGGAAGACAACCUAAUUUUUUAGAGGUCGAUUUCUACAAUAAGGGAGACGCUCUGACUAUUGCUGCUCAAUUGAACAAUGUAACGUAUAAUGCACAGUCUCCACUACAAUGUGAUGCAUAUGAGCAAAAGCAAGUCAGUAACACUGGUGGCAGUAGCUCUUCUCAAGCUAAUAUUCAGCAUACAACUAUGUAUAGCACAACCAUCUUACUAUCACUAGUUGCAACAGCUUUUUUUGUAUACUUCUAA